AUGUCUAGUCCACCACACCCCCACAAUAAUGAUCACACUAGUGGCAAAACCAACUAUGCACCAUCAUCCCAACAUUCAGCAAUGACAACAACAAAGUCUACUACAUCAAUAACUCUGCAGAAAAAAACAGAGCUCAUAGGGAUAUAUUUGGUUGGGGCUGAGAUAGGUAAGGGGUCUUUUGCCACAGUAUACAAAGGAUAUAAUACAACCAAUAAUACUGCAGUUGCAAUCAAGUCGGUAAACAGAUCCAAGCUAAAGUCCAAGAAACUUAUAGAGAAUUUGGAGAUUGAAAUACUGAUUCUAAAAAGUAUGAAACACCCGCAUAUUGUGGGGCUAUUGGAUUAUAAACAAACCAGUGCUCAUUUUCAUUUGAUAAUGGAUUACUGCUCGAUGGGUGAUUUGUCAUACUUUAUACGGCGAAGAAACCAGUUGGUUAAAACCCACCCGGUGAUAUGCAGCUUGCUUGAGCGCUAUCCUUCUCCAGAAGGCUCUCACGGACUAAAUGAAGUAUUAGUAAUACACUUUCUAAGGCAAUUAUCUUCUGCCUUGCUAUUUCUUCGAGACAAAAGUUUAGUACACAGAGACAUAAAGCCACAAAACUUGCUACUAUGUCCCCCGGUUCAUUCCAAAGAGGAGUUUCUGAGUCGUCAUUACAAGGGAAUGUGGGAACUACCUAUUUUGAAAAUUGCAGACUUUGGAUUUGCUCGUUUUUUACCGUCAACCUCUAUGGCUGAAACCUUGUGCGGAUCCCCUUUGUACAUGGCUCCCGAGAUUUUGAGAUACGAAAAGUACAAUGCAAAAGCAGACUUGUGGUCUGUUGGAGCCGUCUUGUACGAAAUGACAGUUGGCAAGCCUCCAUUCAAAGCAAAUAAUCAUAUAGAGUUGUUGAAAAACAUUGAAAAGGCAAACGAUAAAAUCAAAUUUCCAUCGGCUGCACAAGUACCAGAAUCUUUAAAACAGUUAAUUAAAUCUUUGCUUAAGUACAAUCCAACUGAGCGAAUUUCUUUUCAGGAGUUUUUCAACGACAACUUGAUUACAUGCGACCUUGAAGAGACCAAUGCGCCUUUGGAAACUUCAGAAAUGGACGAAAACUUGUUUAUUAGUGAAUAUAUCAGCCCUAUAAAGAGGUCCGACCGAUCUCGCUUUUUAAAUCCGUUGCCGCGCUUGACAUCACCAGAUCAAGAGGGAAAUGACAUGUUGGAAAACGAAAAGGAAAAGGAAAAGGAAAAGGAGCAGCAGCAACAGCAACAGCAGAAUGAUACGAAACAAUCUACAGAAGCGUCAACACUCGAAGCAUCUGCAGUAAACACAGGGAAGACGUCUGAUUCCCUAAAUAAACAUAGCGUGCAGAAGGAUAGCAAUGCAAGUCUCAUCAACCAACAAGAGGGUAAGUUAAAAGAUGAAGAGAUAAAACAACUUAUUCACAGAAGCAGUCCUGAUCCGGAUAACAUCUCACAUUCAAUAAACAAUUCACCCAUUUUGAAAAUUAAAAGAGACGAUGUUCUUCUUGAAAAAGAUUACGUUGUGGUUGAAAAAAGGGCUAUAGAAGUCAACGCAAUUGCAGAUGAACUUGCUCACGCAGGAAGCGGCGCAGAGGCCAUAAAUGAUCCUAGAAAUAGUCCUGUAAUUUCCAUGAAAGACAACAAAAGCGGUAAAUCACAACCAACUCAACAAUUCCGACGAACUUCGCUGAGUGGCAGCAGCCAAAGAAGACCAAGCUUUACAGAAAGGAAAAUAUCGAUAUCAAUUUCACCAACAAACGCAUUAAGCAAAGCAAUAGGAUUAGCAUCACACAGAUUGUUUGGAGGGAGCGGAGGAGCAGCCACUUCUAACAACCAGGUCGUUGCCGAGAAGCAGCCUAGUCCAGUAUCUUUUUCGGAAAUUGUAUCAAGUCCCAAUUUUGCAAAUCAUGCACUUUUGCAAAAACUUAACCUCCCCGUUUCCACUAUGGCUGCAAACAAUGAAACAUCAGAAACUGGAAUCUCGAGCUCAUCCUCAACCAACCUUAAUGCCGAGGAAGUGGUUUUAUUCAAGUUGGAAACAAUUGCAACUAAGGCGCACGCGGUGAACCUAUUUGCUGACGUCAAAUUUAGUCAGCUCAUUCCUAGUCCUCCAUCAUGGGAAGCAGCCAAUGACGAUUUAUCAAAUAAUGGAGACAUUCUUCCCCCGAAAAUCGUUAAAACGAUAAGUGAGGAAGGCAUGGUAUUGUACGUAAAAGCGUUGUCUCUUUUGGCCAAAGGAAUGUCCGUUGCCUCUGCAUGGUGGUAUAACCAAUUUGGGAAUCUGGUUGUAGAAAGCAAAGAUAAGGUGGAUAUCCGAACAUCGCAAAAGAUAAACCAACUAGUGCAGUGGAUUAGAGAGAAAUUCAACGAGUGUUUGGAGAAAGCGGAAUUUGUCAAACUCAGGUUUCAAGAAGCGAAAAUAGCCAUUGCAGAAAUAGAUGGAAACGAAGACUUUGACGAAAACGAAAUGGAUGAGCCAAGAGUUGUAGCUGAAAAAUUGCUUUUUGACAGAGCAUUGGAGAUGUCAAGAAAUGCUGCUGUAAACGAGUUGGUUAAAGAAGAUUUGAAAGGGUGCGAAUUAGCAUACAGUACUGCAAUUUGGAUGUUAGAGGCAUUAUUGGAUGAGGAAGAUGUUGACAAGAAGGAUACGGAUCGUAAAUUGGAUGAUGAUGACAAAGUGAUGGUGGAAAAAUUCAUUGUAAGCAUCGGCAAUAGAUUGUCGGUAUUGAAAAGAAAAAUAGACUUGUUAUGA